AUGAUAAAUGAGAAGCCAGAACUGACUCCAGAGUUCGGGCGAAUUGUAAUCUACACCACCAGUUUUCGAGUGGUCAGGACUACAUUUGAGCGAUGUGAGCUGGUCCGAAAGAUCUUUCAGAACCACAGGGUGAAGUUCAUAGAGAAGAACAUCGCUUUAGACAGUGAAUAUGGGAAGGAACUGGAGACACGCUGCAAGCGAGUGGGUGAACCUCCCUCACUGCCUGUGGUCUUCAUUGAUGGACACUACCUAGGGGGUGCAGAGAAAAUACUUGCAAUGAAUGAAUUAGGGGAGUUUCAGGAUCUCCUCAACAAAAUAGAGAGGGUUCAGCACCCCAACACAUGCCAGACGUGUGGGGGAUUUGCCUUUGUCCCGUGCCCUAUGUGCCAUGGCAGCAAAAUGUCUGUGUUUCGCAACUGCUUCACCGACUCCUUCAAAGCCCUGAAGUGCACAGCGUGCAACGAGAACGGUCUCCAGCCCUGCUCCAGCUGUUCUCACUAAGGUCCUCUUCAAGUGCCUGCAAACCCCUUCCCAGCACCACCUCCACCCUCAUAAACCAUGUAUAAAACAAGAGACGCAGAAAGAACUGCUAUUUGUGAAUAAACCGCUUUUUUUAUUUAGAAAACUCAAUUACAUGUCUACAGAUGUAGUUUUUACCAUAUUUCUUAUUUGAUGAUGAUUAUUUAUUAUAGCAUUAGGCUUUUUGUCACAUGCCAACAGAUGUCUGGCAACAUUACGGACAGCAUGGACACUGUCUGUCACUGUAAAUAAAAAUAACAUUAAAGUUAAUUAACUAGUAGUUCAGAAGAGACAUAUCUUCCGAACCCUAUGAUCCCAGCAUGAGACAAAAUUCAAAGCAUUAUCUGAUAAACAUCAAAA